ACGCACCUUGAGACGGGAUCGGAGGGGCGGCGUCUCGUUGGGACGACUCACCAAUUCUCCGCUGACAACGCGGGACAGGGUGCUGCUCGUCGACAUCCAUAGCUCCACUGCGUCAUCCAUUAUAUCUAAGCAAGUUACUUCACGUAUUUCCACAUAUACCCCCGAUUUCAUGACUCUGGCAGCGGCCCCGAGUGGCGCAUGAAGAUCAUGCCACAUGGACAAGUCUUCGUGAAUGCGAUGACCCGACAAGUUUGACAGGCGAAAGACCGAUGUUGACGGCACUACGGAACUUGGCGGAAAUUUUCUGAAGUGCGGCUCAGCCGGGACCAUGCUGUGGCAGAUCUGGGGGUGGUAGGUGGGGAACACGUUGCGUUGCAUUGCCUCGACAUGUCACCUCGGAGAAGGAGUCCUGCCACGAGCCAGCAUCUGAACAAUGGACCUAAGGCGAAACAGAGGAGGCAACAAGAGCGAAGGUGUAAGAUCGCAGCGGAACGUGGUGGUCGCGAGGUGAGCCUGACGGGGAGACUGCCGCGUGGAAUGAGCUUGCUGUUUGGCGACAUGUUUGGCUCUUGUUGAUAUUGGU